UGGUUAAUUUUGUUUGUAAUACCUUAAAAUAGUAACAAGGAAUAUCCAGUUUAAACAUGCUUUGUUAUGAAAAUUUAAUAAUAUGCUGACCCGCAGCUUUGGCUGUUGUUUACUUGGAUCAGGAGGACAGGUCAUUAAACAUUCUUUAGGUCAAAUUAAACAUUUCAAGCAAUUAACAAAGUUUAAUGAACCGUUUUUGCUGGAUUCAAUUAUGAAACAUUCAUUUACAGUAUGUGUGGAAGGAAAUAUAGCGAGUGGAAAAACCAGGUUGCUGGAAUAUUUUAAGAAAUUUUCUCCCAUUGUAGAGGUUUUAGAAGAACCAACACAAAAAUGGAGAAAUAUAGAAGGACAUAAUGCUUUGGCCAAAAUGUAUGAAGAUCCAGGUAGAUGGGGUGCUGUAUUUCAGUCAUACUCACAGCUGACAAUGACACAACUUCACACAAAACCACAUACCUGUCCUGUAAAAAUAAUGGAGCGGUCAUUACAUAGUGGACGUUACUGUUUUAUAGAAAACCUACAUAAGAGUAAAGUUAUGCCUGACUUAGAUUAUGUUGUUCUGACACAGUGGUUUGAUUGGUUGACAAAGUCCCAUGAUAUAAAAGUUGAUCUCAUUGUUUAUCUAAGAACUCGGCCAGAAGUUGUUCUAGAAAGAGUAAAAUCACGUCUUAGACCAGAAGAACAAUGCAUUCCUCUUAAGUAUUUAGAAGAUCUACAUAACUUACAUGAAGAAUGGUUGAUAAAUAAUGCCUCAAUUCUGUCUCCUGCUCCAGUUCUGGUGUUGGAUGCCAAUCAAGAUUUACCAAGUAUGUACAAAGUAUUUGAAGAAGAAAAGGCCAAAAUAUUAUUUGGUCUCGCAGCUAGUUGAUACCUGAAGCAGUAGGUGACUGCUUACUAGGUUCAUAUAUUGUGAGAAUGUGAGCAAAGGUUAAAACAGGAAGUUUAGAGAUUAUACAAAUGGUUUAUAGGCUAUGGAACAGGUUUAGUGAUUAUUCUUCUGAUUUAGAAAAUGAGAAAGUUUGUUAGAAGAACAUUUGGUGUGACGGGAGUUUUGUGACCUCAACAGAUUUUUAUGAGUUAUUGUUAAAUAACCAUAAAAAGAGUCAAUGUAGCAAAUACUUAUAAAACGUUUUGCACAGUAUUACUAUGGACCAAAAAAAAGAGAGCUGGGAUGCAGAAUUUGGAAUCAGUUUUAUUAGGCAGCCAUAUUUGACUGUAAUCAGUCUUGUAUACAGUUUCUCAGGGUGCUCAAUCAUUCAUUUAGUCAUUCAUUUUGUAAAGAAUUAUGAAUGAAGGACAUUUUUAUAUUGUUUUUACACAUAUUAAUUUUGUAAAGAUGUUGUUUUGUCAAUAUGUUAUCAAAAUUAGAUAGAAGUGUUUCAAAUAAAAUCUGUUAUUUGAAAAUGAUCUGAUCAAUUAAUUGUGUCACAGAUUUGAUCAUUGUGCUCUUUGGCUGGUCACCAUCAGAUUGCCUUACAAUAAUUUAUAACCAUAUUUUUACUUUUUACCUCACAUAAACAUGAUAAAGAAAACAUGUUUAAUUAUGAAUUUGUAAUAAAGAUAUCUGAUACCAUUACGUAUAAACAGUUGUUUGCAAUAUAACCCCUGCCUAGUGACUCAGGUUAUAUAACCAUUUAUACUUACUUACUUAGACAUUCAACCGGUCAGUCAUCUUAAUAACUUAUAAUAUUCAGGGCUGCUGUAUAUUCAUGAAGUACUUUUGAUUUUCCUCAAACAUGCAAAUUGUGUUGUAUCAUGUUUUAUUAUAAAGGUUUGAUAGGUUAAAAUUAAUGUCUGCAUGUAAACAUAUGUAUUCAGUUGUUCACAAUACAGCACUUUUCGUGUAUACAUAUGUAUCAGCUGUUUGCCAUAUAACACUUACCUAGUGGUUUGCUGGGUUAUAGAUGCUUACAACCAUUUGUUCUGAGCCAUAUAACCUGUCAAAAAUCUUACUUAUAUACAAUCAUAUAAACAGAAAUACUUAGAUGUGUCAAUUAUGUUACAUUUAGAGAGAUUUUAUGAUUUUUAAGAAUUUUAAAGGCAUUUUAACUUGACUCUUUGCAGUAUACAGUAUUUAUUCAACAAAAUUUUACAUAGAUUACACAAUGCGUGAUUAGAAUUGUGCUGGUAUGAAUGUUUUUGGUCAGCCAAAAUUUAUGUUUUUUUCCUUAAGUAAUUCAUGUAGGCGUCCUCAAGUAUUCCUCUAUAAGUUAUGCUUAUAAAUUAUCCAUUAUGUACUUUAACAGUGUCUGCAUUACUGAAAAUCCUGCAAAAAUAUUAGAAAUUAACUCAAAAUAAUAAUUGUGUACACAUGUACUAAUAUGUGUGAUUCAAGCUUAGUCAUAUUAAGGUUUUUAAUAUCUUUUGAGAAGAACUGUUGGUGCAUAUGGUAUGAUUACAGAUGUAUCUUGGUCUAUGUAACAGGGCUAUUGUAUGUUGUCUGUAAUUAUCAUUCUGCAAUCUUUAUGUUUAUUGAAUUAUAACCUCACUUGUUAUUGUAUGGUUAGAAUAUGAAAACUUUGACUGAAAAAGGCAGAGAUUUAAUUAAGUAAGUUUUAUUUUAGUUACAUUUUUUAGAAUAAUAUGGAGAAAGUGGAUCAAAAUUCUAGUAACCUGUUACAUUGACAACUCAACUUGAGCUGUUGUGUUCAGAAUUUAAACAAAUCUCAUUAGUUACAGUUCAUAUAUCAUUUUUUAUCAGAGUUCUUAAAUUCUAUUUGAAAGAUUCUGCUUUUUAUUGAUGUAACAAAUAUUAAUUAAUUGUAAUUUGAUAUGGUCAGUGUUUUCUGUAAUAUCUUAAAAAAGAAAUUCAGGGGAUCUUAGAAAAGUGCAAGAUGUAUGUAGUUAGUGUAUAAUUUUGAUCUUUUUAACAGGUCUACCUGGGACACUUUUAAAGUAAUUCUAUUGUAUAAAUGUUUUAGUAAUUUUAUUGUCGAUGUUCAUUGUGAAUGUUUAAAAAGAAUUUUACUUUAUUGAAAAUAUCUUGUUGUCUUAUUGUUUUGAAAUAAAACAGAAUUUGCCAUAAUUGAA